AUGGAUUCGAUGGAUCACGUCAAUGUGCAAUCUAAACCCAUUCGUUUUACUGUCACCCAUCUAGAUGACGAAGAUACUCAACCAAUCUCUGACCCUCUUACCGAAAAGCAGCGUUUACCGGAAAAUCUUGACGAGGCGCAAAUUCCGCCUAAUCGUUCUAACAGGAGUUCUUUGAAUUACCUAGAGGAUCUAAAUUCGAGGCAAGACUUCGAAUCACCUUCGACAAAUAGCCGUCCACAUCAUCAUGACGAUGGAAUGUCUUUGCUUGAAAUUGUCAGCAACCUUGAGCUUGUCAGCGACGAUGCGCAGUUACCUAGGAGGAUGUCUAAGUUAAGUCAUGUUUUGACUUUUUGUUUUGGUUAG